UGUUCCCAGAACGCCGAGCCUGCCGCAGUGGCUCAGCACUGCUUUGUGCAUGCAGUGACGUGCCCGGGCCCGGCCGCCGGUUUCUGACGCCGCUAAACAUCAUGGACAGCGAGUUCCAGCCAUUCAAGUUCCUGCAUUUCGCCGAAAAGCAGUUCGAGGACGACCCCGAGUUGCUCGAGAGGGCCGCCGAUGUCGCCCGCCUUGUAAUGGAGAUGCCUUCACUGCUAGACCCAUGCACACAGCAAAACAAAGGAGGUGCCCGCUGCUGGAUGUUGACUCAAGCGGGACAGUUGAACAAGCUCCUGAACCCAUUCGGCAUCGAGUUUAACAAAGUACGCGAAGGCAGCCUGGACCUCACAAUGACCCAUAAAUAUCCCGUGGCACCCUGCGACCCCAAAGCUGCGGUGCUCUUCCUGGCUACAUUGUGGUUUCUCCGCGAGCACCGCUGUCUCUCUGGCGUCAGCCUGAAUGUGUCGGUGCUGGCGCGCUUUCGCCCGGUGCAGUUCCUGGAGCACAUCACGUUCUCCAAGCGGGUCGUCACAGCCCACCUGAUCGGUGUCGAGGGCAUCGAGCUCCCGUUCGAAGUGUGCCCCCUGGUUCUGCAGCUUGACGAAACGGAGCUGCUGACGCACGUCACCCUCGACAGGGUGAGCUUUUGA